AUGUCAGGCUUCGAGAUAGCUGGCGUAACGCUAGCCGUGUUUCCCCUCGUUGUCCAAGGUCUCACUACCUUUGUGGAGGGCGUUGAGACCAUAAAGUUGUGGAGAAGGUAUCGACGGGAACUUGCCGACUAUAAGCGGUUGCUCAAGACGCAACAGAUAUGGUACUUAGACACCUUGGAAGAACUUUUGGACGGAAUCGUGCAUUCAGACAAGGAGCUCGCACUGCUCGUUGAUAUCCCUGGAGGUCCUGCAUGGCAGAGGCCGGAGUAUGAUGCACGACUUCGAGCACGACUAGAUCAUUCAUACGAGCCAUACAUGGCUACUAUCUACGCGAUGCUAGGCGCGCUGGAAUGUCUCAAGAAGAAGCUCGGCAUUGAUGCAAGCGGAAAAGUGACCUGGGACAGUACGCCUAGUCUGGGACGCGAACUCAAAAGACUCAAGACCGUUCUGUCGAAAAAUGUUUAUGCAGAGCUCCUCGCCAAAAUCGACAAAGCAAACAAAGAUCUUCGUGAGUUCACACAUCAGAAUCGGUAUCUCGAAGCUGUCCGAAGCAGACGACGAAUCGGCGUCCACCGUCAACGCAUUGCCGACUUCAAAAAGAUUAGGAGGUCUGCUAGGAGCCUGCACAAUGUUGUAAUCGGAAGAAAACCAUGGAACUGCGGCCACCCGCACGUAGUCAAUAUUCGUCUAGAGCCUCAGCCCUGGGAUGCAGCAGGGGUCGACGGUAACAAGCUCAAGUUUCGUAUCCUCCUGAACUGCAUGCAUCAAGCUGGAAAUGUACCAGGCACCAUUCCAGCUGUCUGGAAGUGGCAAGAGGUGGAGAUUGAGCCUGCCGAAGCUGCAAGUGCCCAAGACGUUUCCUCAAACUCCACUACAGGAUCAGUCUCCAUCUCAAAAGGUCAAAUCUCUCAAGGUCAUAAUGCCCCUUGUUCAGACAUCAAGGGCUCGCCUAAUUCUCUUGCAGCUGACACGAUCAAGAAAGGUGUCAGAUUUGCCAUUGGCGGCCCAUCCACCAACGUCCCAGUUCCCGUUUCGAUUGCGACUUUGGCUGCUCCAAUCACAGACAUGUGCUCCGCAUUGCAUUCUACUCCUUGUUCGAUUCGCAAAUGCAUUGGUUUCUUGUUGGAUGAUCACGCCUCAUCGAUCGCCCAUCGUCACGACGUUUUUGUUCUUGGAGACGGGGAAAGCGCAGACGCUCAACCACAGUCUCUCGAGAAGCUCUUGGCCUCUUGGAAACAGAUAGGCCGCCGGAGGCCUCCUGGCACAAUUUUCUUCAGCCGUCGAGAUCGACUUUUCAUCGCUGCAUCACUUGCGUCCAGCGUACUGCAACUGAAUGGGUCGUGGCUAAAAAAGCACUGGCGGAGUUGUGAUAUCUUCUUCCUCCUAAAAGCUGGCUCCAAUCCGGAUGCUGUUCAUCAUCCAUACUUGUCAUGGGAUGUCCCACAAAAGGACAAACAUGACGCGCUUACGAGUUCAGACCCGCACUCCCCAUUUGCGGUUCAUCUCAUCCAUGACGAGAUCUUCUUCCCACUUGGUCUUACACUGUUGGAACUCAGCCUUGGGCAGACGUGGGCAGAUUUGGAGAAGGCAGAGGAGAUGGACUCGAAAGAGACAAUGAAGAAUCUAAAAACUGCUCUAGAUUACGUCUAUAGCGAUAGUGGUCCCAGGUACGGUGACGUGGUCCGAAGGUGUUUGUUCUGGCCCAUCGAUUUUCGGGAGCCGACUCUUGAAGACAACGAAUUCCAACAAUCGGUUCUUGAAACAAUCGUCAUGCCGUUGAUAGAAGAUUGGAAGGAUUUCGAUGGGUCUCUCCGAAUUCGGUGA